GUUUAGCAUAGUGUUUGUCGCGUUUUUCAGGUUAUUGUAUAACAAAUAAUACCUAUAGAUAAUUAUUGUAGUAUUUGAAAUUAAUUUUAAAGUCUAUAAAUAUCGUAUUCUGGAUCGUGAAUUCAAAUUAAAGUUGGUGACACGAUUAAAACUGUUGUCUCGGUUACUGAGCACUCUAAGCACUCGGUUCCAAGUGUUAUUCAGUCAGACCCAUUGACAUAGGAAAUAUAUUCUAUCUCAAUGGUCAGACCUUAUACAACUAAGUAAUAUCACUCCAAACUGAUCGCUAAAAAUCCUGUGUAACAUGCUUGAUAAUAGCAGCUAAACCUACGUUUUUGUUUUUUUUUUUUUUAUAUAAAUAAACAUAGUUUACAAUAUGUCUGUAUCAGAUUUGAAACAUUCUUUAAGAAAAUAUGAAUUUCCUGCUUGCGCUAAGGAAGCCCUUAAUAGAAUUGAACAACUUCUGGUUGGUCGGGCUGCUCCUUCAAAUAAACAGCUAGACAUAGCAAUGGAUAUAAUAUCUGAGUUUGUGUUCUGUGAGUCUGACAGGCGCAGUGUGCGCAGAGGUGGGGGAUUGACUCCAUUACAGGACUUGCAACUCAUAGACAUAAUAUGUGACUACUUGUCAGCUUGCACUAAUGAAACCACAAAGAAUACUGUUUUCUUAUCAUUGUUUGGAGGGAUGGAAAGUCAAAGGAGAUUGAAAAUUCUUAGUAUACUUGCCAGUAUGGCUGUGUCAGCAUCCAGUACACCAGUAUUACUUGCAGUUGGAGUUUGGCUUCAACAAAUGGGCUGUUCAUCAUCCCAGUCCCUGGAACUGGUUGAGAAUGUCAUUAGAGACCAUUUUUAUCUCAACACUUCAAAUCAGUUGGCUCUGAAAUCACUAGCGAAUACUGCUCCACAGUUUGUGUCUAACUUCAUUACAGCUGUAACUGAACUAUACAUGCAUGAUGCUCAAGGAACUAAUGAUAAUAAGUUGCCCCCUAAGAACCUGUUAGAAGUCAUAACUGCCUGGGUAUAUUCAAACCCCACUCUAUGCAUGUCUGCACAGUUGAAUCCAGCAGCACUUCCCAGUGGAUCCAUACCUAUGGCUGCAGUCACUCCAUUAGCUGGCCUCAUACAUUGGUGUGCCCUGGCUCCCCUUUAUAUUGAUGAUGACACAGAAAUGGUGGAUGUUCCUGUACCAUUUAAGAAAAUUAAAUUGGAGGGUGAAAGUGACAGAUCCUUGAUAAAAACAGUGACAAGUAAGCCUCUAACUGAGAGUGAGUUUUAUAUAAAGCUACAUCUGGGUGUACUGCACAGUUUGCGAGCUGGAAGACGCACUCAUGGGCCUCCCACAGCUGUGAAUGCUCAGCAUUUAGCUGCACUCGCGCCGGUCGUGCAGGCAUAUGCUCACAAUGUGUUAAAGAGAGGUGGCAAGUUACAAUCUGACCAUAAGUUACAAGAUUGUUUGGACAGGAUAGGGCAGGCAGUGCAAGUAGCGCUCGCUAAUGGCUGUGUAUAUGGCAACAUCAGCAACCUUCUUGCAGCAUUAGACACACUGCCAGAGAACAGACUAUUGCGGAUUAUCAUCAAAACUCACCAGCAAACAAUGUGACAAGUUUUCACCAGUCGGUAGUUAAAUAAUUCUGCUGGUUUA